AUGGCGAAGACGAGAUCGAAAAUAGUGAUAGACACAGAUUGCGGCGUCGAUGAUGCUGUGGCCAUAAUGCUAGCCCUCAGUGCCAAAGAUGUUUGCGAGGUGAUGGGGAUAACAUGUUGUUUUGGAAACUGCGCUUUGGACGAUGUUUGCAAAAACGUCAUGCGUGUACUCACGCUUUGUAGAGAGACUAAGAUUCCAAUUUACAGAGGAAGCAGCACCGCUUUUAUCAGACACGAUAGAACAGGGAAAAUACACGGCUCUGAUGGACUAGGAAACCGCGGCCAUGAAUUUUCUACCGGCGAUUUAAAAGAAAGUGAGAUUCCAGCGGUUUCUGCUCUCAUAAAAAUGGCAAAGGAGCAUCCCAAAGAAAUAACGUUGAUAGCGAUUGGGCCGCUGACAAAUUUAGCGAUAGCUCAACGAAUAGAUCCACAUUUCACUGAAAAUCUGAAGUCCAUUGUCAUAAUGGGAGGCAACUACAAAGGCGUAGGAAACGCUACCGAUACAGCCGAGUUCAACUUCUACUGUGAUCCAAUUGCAGCAAAUAUCGUUCUCACGGAGCCUGCUUGCUCAGUCGUUUUAGUGCCGUGGGAGACUGUGUUGGAGCACGGAAUGGACUUGAUACAGAAGAAAGUAAAAAAUGAGAAUAUAACUUUACAAGGUGACAUCUUGGUAUUCUUGAGGCGGAAAUGUCGAGGCUUAUUCAUAUUCAUCGGCAUUGGAAACGGUGUCCACAGAGAUCAGCAGUGUAUCGAUGUCAUCGCCGUCGCCUUCGUCAUGAAUACAUAUUUUGGCGCCGUUGUUGCAAUUGCUCUUGCAAUGCAGGCAUGCGACUGA